AUGGGACAAACUGACAAUUCUACCAACAUAAAAGUAACCGCUCAGGGCCAAUGCAUAGCAUCUAGCAAAGUCAUUAAGGUUUUAACCAUCAUAGGACAGAAACAGUGCAUUCGAAAAUGCUUACAGAUUAGUCAAUGCAGGUCUGUGAACUAUCGAAAACAACAGCUAAACUGUGAACUUAUUGCAGCAAAACACGGGGAAUCGGGGACCUCUUUAGUUCUGGAUUCAGAGUGUGACUACAUUGAAAUGGAAAAUCAGCCACAGGAGCUGGCUGGAUCUUGUAAGACAACAUCGUGUAAAGAGGAGUGUGUGGCCCUGAGUAGCGGAAAACCAUUCUGCAUACAAGACAAAUGUCCUACAUCAUGGAAGAUAAACAGGGGAAAGAAGUACUGCUUCGCGAAAAAGUCACUUCAAUGGCAGGCUGCCAGGGAUAGCUGCAUUUCGAUGGGAGCACAUCUUGUGGUAAUAGAAACUGAAGCUGAACAAACCUGGAUUCAAGGCCAAGGUGCUAGUUUGUUUUCUCUUCGUUUUGAGUACUGA